ACAACUUACCACUUUACAACAGUCUAUAUCAAAACCUCAUUAUAGGUGUAUUAAAAAUUAGAAGAACAACUGCUGCGAAAUUAAAAUGAGUCGUUUUUGGUUUUGCUUUCUUGUUUUAAGUAUAAUGUUUUGUAAGGUUUUAUGCUUAAAAUAUGGAAAAUACACUCUCAAUGGGGUAAAAAAAAAAAAAAACAAAUUGCAAGAGAUUCUCUGAAAACAAACAUCAUUAUCUCCUGAUGCUUCUGAUCUUGAUUUGAGAAUUAGAUUAGAGUUUAUUGAAAUGAAGAAUCAGAAUGAGGAGGUGUCAGAGAAAAGUAGGAGGAGACAUGGGAAGGUGCUCGUCCUUCAUAUUUCAUCUCCUGUGGUCAGUGGAAGUGUGUCUGCUUCUACCUGUGUGGGAGAAAGACCACGUCCCUGCUCAUUACCGUCCCUCCUUCAUUCACGUCUGCAUUGACAAAUAAUGGCCAUAAUUAUCUCACACAUUGACGAGGAUCAUCAAUGCAUGAAGUAAGAGGCUUUUUUGGAGAAGUGCUUUACCCCACAUUGAAGAGAGGCUCCUGUGUCUGAGGUCUCUCUCCAUCCUCUGCACUCCUGCCCAGCGACCCAUGCUAAGAGGCAGACUCGCAGUCACACACAUGUCCUCGACCAUCGCCCCCGUUAAACCCUCCAGCACCGCGGGCCCCAAGGAGGUGGAGCUGAUCCUGGUGAAGGAGCAGAAUGGGGUUCAGUUUACCUCCUCCACCCUGGUCAGUCCCAGUGGUCAGACACACCCGUCAGGAGAGGAGAGGGAGACCUGGGGCAAAAAGAUCGACUUCCUCUUGUCAGUGAUUGGCUUCGCUGUGGAUCUCGCCAAUGUCUGGAGGUUCCCCUACCUGUGCUACAAAAAUGGAGGAGGUGCUUUCCUGGUGCCGUACCUCUUCUUCAUGGUGAUUGCUGGGAUGCCACUGUUCUAUAUGGAGUUAGCGCUCGGCCAGUACAACCGCGAAGGAGCAGCAGGAGUCUGGAAGAUCUGUCCUAUCUUUAAAGGUGUGGGCUUCACAGUGAUCCUGAUCUCCCUGUAUGUGGGAUUCUACUAUAACGUCAUUAUCGCCUGGGCUCUGUUCUACCUGUUCUCCUCGUUCACCAGUGAACUGCCCUGGAUCAACUGCAACAACACCUGGAACAGUCCCAACUGCUCCGAUCUCAAUGCUACUCUGCUCAACGAUACGCACAAGGCCACGCCGGCGCUCGAGUACUUUGAGCGAGGCGUGCUGCACCUUCAUGAGAGUACUGGGAUAGAUGAUCUGGGUUUGCCCCGCUGGCAACUCACCGCCUGCCUGGCCGUAGUCAUCGUGGUCCUCUACUUCAGUCUGUGGAAGGGAGUCAAGACAUCAGGAAAGGUGGUGUGGAUCACAGCCACAAUGCCGUAUGUCGUCCUCACUGUCCUGCUCCUGCGUGGAGUCACACUGCCUGGAGCCAUCGAUGGCAUUAAAGCUUACCUGAGUGUGGACUUCCUGCGUUUGUAUGAUGCUCAGGUCUGGAUCGAGGCAGCCACACAGAUCUGUUUUUCUCUGGGAGUGGGGUUUGGUGUGCUAAUCGCCUUCUCCAGCUACAACAAAUUCAGCAACAACUGUUAUAGAGACGCCAUCAUAACCAGCUCCAUAAACUCUCUGACCAGCUUCUUCUCUGGGUUUGUCAUAUUCUCCUUCUUGGGUUACAUGUCACAGAAGCACAACGUCGCUCUAGAUAAAGUCGCCACAGAUGGUCCUGGUCUUGUGUUUAUUAUUUACCCAGAAGCCAUUGCUACACUCCCAGGUUCAUCAGUGUGGGCUGUAAUCUUCUUCAUCAUGCUGCUCACUUUAGGAAUCGACAGUGCUAUGGGAGGGAUGGAGUCUGUAAUCACGGGACUCAUCGACGAAUUCAAAUUCCUGCACAAACACAGAGAGCUCUUCACACUCUUCAUCGUAGUUUCCACGUUCCUCAUCUCUCUCAUCUGUGUCACAAACGGCGGCAUCUAUGUGUUUACCCUGUUGGACCACUUUGCUGCCGGGACAUCGAUUCUGUUUGGAGUGUUGAUUGAGGCCAUUGGCAUCGCCUGGUUUUACGGAGUGGAUCGCUUCAGUGAUGAUAUCCAGGAGAUGAUUGGACAGAGACCCGGCCUCUACUGGAGACUGUGCUGGAAGUUUGUUAGCCCGUGUUUCCUCUUGUUCAUGGUUGUUAUCAGUUUUGCGACGUUCAACCCUCCAAAGUAUGGUACAUAUUAUUUCCCCACAUGGGCGACAAUGGUGGGUUGGUGUCUGUCCAUAUCAUCUAUGAUCAUGGUGCCUCUCUACGCCAUUUACAAGUUCUGUUCUCUGCCAGGAAGCUUUUGUGAUAAACUGGCAUAUGCCAUCACUCCAGAGACUGAACAUCACUUGGUGGAGCGUGGGGAGGUCCGGCAGUUCACGCUUCAUCACUGGCUGGUGGUUUGAGCGUCCCUUUACAUGGAGGUAAUGAAGGCACUGGAGGACUUGGCUUGACAAGAGCAAUGUGUGUCAGUGCCAACAGAAGCGUAUUACUAGUUGUUUCUUUCUCGCAUAAUCGGACGUGGCUGUUUCGUGACUUCGAUCACAAUGUGGUUGACAUUCUGUCAGUACCAGUUUUACUCUCAGUAUACGAUGACUGUUAUGAUGGCUGAUGUUGUCCCCACUGACUGUUUGUUUAUUGUUUAUUUAUUUCUUCUUUUUUUUUGUGAUCAGAGUACAACUGAGCCUUAUUGAUAAAUGUGAUUGAAGUGUCAAAAAUUGUACAAAAUAGAUCUUUAGCAACACUAAAGUUUAGAAAAGUGUAAAUAGUGCUAUUGCAAAAAUAAAUCUAUCCUCUUUGUGUCUGAGAAGUGCAAAUGUAUUUAUGAAUGAUCAGCAAAGUUCAGUUGAUCACAAGUUUCAUGCUUGCUUACAAUAUCGAUUAUUUGCAUAUUUGAUGCACAUAUGAUGUCCCAGAGAAGAGCUCUCUUCACUGAAAACUUUAGAUUGCAAUAAAGUUUAACCAUUGGUCAUUUUAAAUCUGUUUAAGGGGCGCCAACAAUUGCUCCAUGUUUGCAGAACUGCAGAAAAAUCAGUCUGUAGGCAACAACAUGCAGAGGGUCAGUCAAUGGUUCAUUUUGUGGGUUAUUUGCAUACAUCUUUGCAUUUACUUCAAGCAGUGGUAAUCUUUCAAAUGACAAAACACAGCGGCAUUUAUGGGAUUUCUGUCACACUGAAUGUUCUUAUCCACAACUGUAUUACUGGACUACUGGAGAUUUAUUUACAUGAAGGUUUAUUACGAAUAUUUGAAGUCUUUAAAUUUAAUGAUUUCAGUGCCUGCUGAAAUUUGUCAACUACUAAAAUGUCAAUAAAAAGUGUUUAUGUAAAAAAAAAAAAAAGAAAAGAAAAAGAAAAAAAGGAAUUUGAUUUUGUUUCUUAACACAAACAUUUCAUGUUGUUGGAGUCAAUAUUUGUGGAAGAGAAGUGCUGAUUACAUCUGGUCAUAUCACAAUAUAGGCAAUAAUAUACAAAAGUGUCAAGUUUCUACUGAAACAAAUUCAGUUCAUUUCAUAAAAAUUUAUUCUACUAUAUACCCAGCUAACAGGGAAUGUUCUGAGGCUUACAUUCUGGCAAGGCUCUCUCAAAGUUAUGAACAAACAUUCUUCCAGUUAAUAGAAAGUUUAUUCACAGUUAUCUGGUCUUUAAUAACGUUCCCAAAAUGUUAGCACACAAAUGUUGUUUAUAUUUUUCUAAAACAUUUUAGCUGGAUGUUUGUCUAACAUAUUUUAAAUGUUACUAAUUGUUUCGGAAUGUUCAGAACAUUCAAAAGUACUGUUCCAAUAAUGUUUGCAAAAUGAUAAAAUGGAAUGUUCCCUUAACAUUUGCAUAACCAAGAAAAAAAGUUAAGGCAUUUAAAAAAAACUUCAGAACUUAAUAUGAACAUUAGCAAAAUGUUCUUAGAACAUGUUUUUGUUAGCUGGGUAUAUUGUAGAUACAUAAAACGGAGUCCAAAACUACACAGUACUGCAACUCCAUCAGGAUGGAAACUAUAAACAAAUUUUAAAUAUUUUCAAGAAUAUCGAAGUAAAUGAACUUUUCAUUUCUCAACUUUACCAUUUCUCAGGCUUUUGUUCAUUCAUUGUUCUAUACAGUAAAUGAUUCUCAUUGCUAAUUAUUUUAUUUUGAAAUGACAUCUGUAUAAAAAAAAUGGUCUUCUAAUCUAUUUAUCAUUUGUUAUGAAAUCUAGAUCUUUAAUACAAAGUAGGAACUUUAUUAUAUCACAUAUACAACAGGAAUACAACAGAUUCAAAACCAACUCUUCCUACAGUGUCUGUGUGAGUGAACACAGGAAAACAUUUGCAUCAGUCUGUAAAAACAUGGUAACAGACACAAAAGUAAAUGCAUCUGUAAUUAGAACUGACUUCUAUUGAAAGAGCAGUAGCACUUUAUUUUACAGUCCUGUUCCGCAUGCACAUAUUAUGUACUUAUUAUAGCAAUUAACUGGGUUAUAACUCUGAACCUGUCCCUAAACCUAACCUUAACCCAUGUACUUACCUUA